AUGAGAGCAUUAUUAAAAAUCAAACUCCGAUCCUAUGAUUCAUCUUUCCUUUCACAUUCUCAUCAUGUUUUUCAUCUUUCUACAUUCUCAAAUUCAUCAAAACUUUCACAUUCUCACAAAACAACAGAUCAACUUUCCAAUUCAGACGUUGAACCCUCACGUGCACUUUUCAACGAGAUUACUGAGAUUUUAGGUUCCGAUACUGUAAUCCAUGAUAAUUCCCCAUCUGGGUUUUUGUUUCCACUCGAAAUUCGUGAUACCCAGUUGGGUUUUAAGGAGAAACAUGAUUGCACUGAACCUGUUUGUGAAAAUGCUGCAGAGAGUGUGGUACUUGAUAAAGACGAAAACUUUACCGUUUUGGAAGAUAACCAGUUGGUUAAAUUGGGAGAAGAAGAUAUGUGUCGAAUGGUGGGUGAGAUUAUGGAAAUAAUCCGAGGUGAAAAUGGUUCGGUUUCUAUGGAAGAGCGAUUAGAAAAGAUGGGUUAUUGUGAAUUGAAUGUUGAGGUUUUCGAUAGAGUUUUGAAAAGGUGUUUUAAAAUGCCGCAUUUGGGUUUGAGGGUUUUUAACUGGUUGAAGCUUAAAGGUGGUUUUCGUCAUACGACACAGACUUAUAAUACCAUGUUGUGUCUUGUCGGAGAAGGUAAGGAGUUUGGGUUGGUGAAGAAGUUGGUGGAUGAAAUGGAUGAAUGUAGAGUUCAAAAGGAUGUUAAUACAUGGACCAUUCUUGUGUCUCUUUAUGGGAAGGCGAAGAAAAUCAGUGAAGCUUUGUUGGCUUUUGAAAAUAUGCAAAAGUGUGGCUGCGAACCUGAUGUGGUUUCAUAUAGAACGAUCAUUCGUUUGCUUUGUAGUUCAGGUAAGGGUGAUAUUGCUAUGGAGUUCUAUAAGGACAUGGUCAAGAAGGAUAUUGUACUUGAUGAUGUAAGGUUGUAUAAGAUGCUUAUGAACUGUAUGGCAGAAUCAGGAGAUGUUGCAGCUGUUAAUUUGCUUGGAAAUGACAUGACUCGGUUGUGUCUGAUGCCGGAAAACAGUGUUUUUGGGUGUAUGCUUAAGAGCUUUUGUAUUUCUGGAAGGAUUAAAGAAGCUUUGGAAUUGAUUCGUGACCUCAAAUAUAAAGAUGCAGUUCUUGAACCUGAAUAUUUUGAGACCUUAGUGAGAGGGCUGUGUAAGGCAGGAAGGAUUUCAGACGCUUUAGAGAUUGUUGAAAUUAUGAAGAGAAGGGACAUUGUUGUGUGGAACGUUCAAGGGAUUAUCAUAAAUGGCUAUUUACGGAGAAACGAUUUUUGCAUGGCACUUGAUGUGUUUCAAAGCAUGAAAGAAUCUGGUUAUGUGCCUACAGUUUCCUCAUAUACAGAACUGAUACAGCAUCUCUUUAAGUUGAGUAGGUAUGAAGAAGCUUGCAUGAUGUAUGAUGAGAUGCUGGGAAAAGGAAUUAAACCAGAUAUCGUGGCCAUGACAGCCAUGGUUGCAGGCCAUGUUUCACAAAAUCGUAUAUCCGAAGCAUGGAAAAUUUUCAAGAGUAUGGAAAGCCAAGGUAUCAAGGCUACAGGGAAAUCAUAUUCGGUAUUUAUUAAGGAGCUUUGCAAGGCUUCAAGGACUGAUGACAUUGUCAAAGUAUUGUAUGAAAUGCGGUCUUCAAAGAUUGUAUUCAAAGAUGAAGUAUUCCGUUGGGUUAUAACUUACAUGGAAACCAAGGGGGAGUUUGCUUUAAAAGAGAAAGUGCAGAAGAUGCAUGCAACAACUAUACUCCAUCCUGAAAAUUUUGAGGAGUCUGAAAAUCGAGUGUCAUUCAAAAAUGAGGUGGAAGAAGAUAGAGUUGACCAACCAAAAUCAGAAAAGGUAGACUGCUCAUUACUAUAUCCAAUUCUCAAGACUUACAGUGAACAAGAUGUUCGCGAUGUCUGUAGGAUUCUUUCAUCCUCUCUAGAUUGGUCUUCAAUCCAAGAAAAGUUAGAGAUAAGUAACAUCGAGUUCACCCCGGAAUUUGUUAUGGAGAUAAUGCAAAGCUGCAGUAUGCAUGGCUGCACAGUGCUAAAUUUCUUUUCCUGGGUGGGAAAGAGACCUGGUUACAGACACACCACAGAAUCAUACAACAUUGCAAUCAAAAUUGCAGGGCGCGGGAAAGAUUUCAAGCACAUGCGCAGCCUGUUAUAUGAAAUGAGAAGAAACAAUUAUCUAAUAACAUCAGAAACAUGGACGAUCAUGAUAAUGAUUUACGGCCGAACAGGUUUGACAGAGAUGGCCAUGAAUUGUUUCAAAGAGAUGAAAGAUGGUGGUUAUAGCCCAAGUAGGAGUACAUACAAGUAUCUGAUAAUCGCCUUAUGUGGGAGGAAAGGAAGGAAAAUUGAUGAUGCUCUCAAAAUAUACGGUGAGAUGGUUAAUUCCGGACAUGUCCCAGACAAAGAAUUGAUUGAAACCUACCUUGGUUGCUUAUGUGAAAUGGGUAGGAUCUUAGACGCUAGGAAAUGCAUAGAUUCACUUCAAAGAUUUGGCUACACAGUUCCUCUUUGUUACUCCUUGUUUAUAAGAGCUCUUUGUAGAGCUGGAAAAGUUGAAGAAGCAUUGAAACUAGUUGAAGAAGUUGGUGCAGAGAAAAUUAAUGUUGAAAAGCUAACUUAUGGAAGUAUUGUACAUGGUUUAUUACAAAAGGGUAAACUAGAAGAAGCAUUAACCAAGGUGAGUAGAAUGAAACAAGAGGGAAUAACACCUACAAUACAUGUUUACACAUCUUUAAUAGUUCAUUUCUUUAAACAGAAACAUGUAGAAAAAGCUAUUCAGAUAUACGCGGAAAUGCUAGAAUCGGGUUAUGAACCAAAUGUUGUUACAUAUUCUGCACUUAUACGUGGGUACAUGAACGUGGGGAGGUAUAAUGAUGCAUGGAAUGUGUUCUACCGUAUGAAAUUCAAAGGACCAUUUCCUGAUUUUAAAACAUAUUCUAUGUUCCUUUCUUGUCUAUGCAAAGCAGGGAGAUCUGAAGAAGCAAUGAGACUUAUUUCUGAAAUGUUGGAGAGUGGGAUUGUUCCUAGUACUAUUAACUUUAGAACAGUUUUUUAUGGGUUGAAUAGAGAAGGGAAACAAGGUUUAGCACGUGUUGUGUUGCAACAAAAAUCAGAACUGAUUAGAAAGCGCAAGCUCAUAACUUGA